ACGCCCGCUUACAAAUCUCGCGAGAGUUGCUGCAGGGGGGGAGACGAUGGCUGGCGUGCAAGAGGAGAAUGGCGCUCCCAUGAAGACGGGGAGUGAUGGAGAGUUCUGCUCCCAGGCGACGCUGAAGCUGGAGAAUCUCCUGAACAAGAGCAUGCGGAUCCACAUGACUGACGGACGCACGCUGGUCGGACUUUUCCUCUGCAGCGACCGGGACUGCAACGUCAUCCUGGGAUCGGCGCAGGAGUUCCUCAAACCCACAGAUUCCUUCUCUCAAGGGGAGCCCCGGAUUUUAGGGCUGGCUAUGAUUCCGGGGCACCACGUCGUAUCCAUUGAGGUGGAAUCGGACAGCCUGCUCCCCUCCCAGUACCUCUGAUCCCCUCGGACCUGGAACCGGGCCCACCGGACCUACGGGCGCCGCCAGCAAGCCCACCUCGGCCGCUUUGAGUGAAGGUGUAGAGAGCCGGACUGGACCCUCGAUGGGUUAAUUACAGUGAUGCCUUUUGUAAACGCGAUGCCCGCGGUAUUUACACGUCCAGCGGAAGCAUCCUGCCUGACUAGCAUGCGUGUUGAAAUGUCAUUUACAUGCAGCUGUGUGCCGUAGCGAGCAAACACACACCCCAGCUCCAUAACACAUCUCUGCCACCAAGAGACGGGACUCGAAGCGUGCGCUUUAGAAUUCUGUGAAUUCUGCAGAAUAUAUAUGUAUAGAUCUUGUGUAAGAAAUGUGUUCUGUUGGUAAUAAAAUGAAAGUUUUGGGGGGCUCCCCCUCCCCCCCCCUUUAAA